CACAAACGUGAAACGUGUAAGUAAAAUAUGACUCUGCUUUUGUUUCUACCACUUCUCUUCCUCAUCGUUAUCCUUCUCGUCGCCGUCAAACACACAAAGCGGCAAUUGCGCCGGCAACCACCAUCUCCUCCAGGCUUACCUAUCAUCGGAAACUUGCACCAGCUCGGAGAAUUACCACAUCAGUCUCUGUGGAAACUCUCAAAGAAGUAUGGUCCUGUAAUGUUACUGAAACUUGGAAGAGUUCCAACAGUUAUAGUUUCUUCUCCUGAAACAGCGAAACAAGUUCUUAAAGACUAUGACCUCCACUGUUGUAGCCGUCCAAGCUUGGAAGGUACAAGAAAGCUUUCUUACAACUAUCUAGACAUUGCUUUCUCUCGAUUUGAUGAUUAUUGGAAAGAAUUAAGGAGGCUUUGUGUUAAAGAACUCUUUAGUACUAAGCGAGUAAAGUCGAUUCAACCAAUUAAGGAGGCGGAGAUGAAGAAACUGAUUGACUCAAUUACUGAAUCUGCUUCUCAGAAAACUCUGGUUAACUUGAGUGAUACGUUUCUUUCUUUAAACGUUAACGUGGUUUGCAAGGCAGCAUUUGGUGUGAAUUUCCAAGGAACUGUACUCAACAAUGAUAAGUUCCAAGGUUUAGUCCAUGAAGCUCUCGAGAUGUUGGGGAGCUUCUCUGCUUCGGAUUUUUUCCCAUAUAUCGGUUGGAUCUUCGAUUGGUACACUGGAUUGCAUGCGCGGAGAGAGAGAAGUGUGCGAGAUCUUGAUGCUUUCUAUGAGCAAAUGAUUGAUUUACAUCUACAGAAAAACAGAGAAGAAAGUGAAGAUGACUUUGUGGACUUGCUCUUGAGGUUGGAAAAGGAAGAAGCUGUUCUUGGAUAUGGCAAACUCACAAGAAACCACAUCAAAGCAAUCUUGAUGAACAUUCUACUGGGGGGAAUCAAUACUUCUGCAAUAACCAUGACAUGGGCAAUGGCGGAACUCGCAAGAAACCCGCGAGUGAUGAAGAAAGUUCAAACCGAAAUAAGAGACCAAAUAGGGAAAAACAACAAAACAAGAAUCGUAAGUUUAGAUGAGAUAAAUCACCUCAAUUACCUAAAAAUGGUGAUCAAAGAAACAUGCCGGUUACAUCCAGUAGCACCUCUUCUAGUCCCAAGAGAAGUAACAUCUGAAUUUCAUAUCAACGGCUACACGAUUCAACCCAAGACAAGGCUUCAUGUCAACGUAUGGGCUACCGGCCGCGAUCCCGAGAUAUGGAAAGAUCCAGAAGAGUUUUUCCCAGAGAGGUUUAUGGAUUGUGACAUUGAUGUAAAAGGACAAGACUUUGAGUUGUUACCAUUUGGGAGUGGUCGAAGAAUCUGUCCAGCAAUGUACAUGGGGAUAACAACAGUUGAGUUUGGUCUUGCUAAUCUCUUGUAUCAGUUUGAUUGGAAGUUACCAGAAGGUUUGGCGGUUGAAGAUAUUUACAUGGAUGAAGCUUCUGGACUCACCUCCCAUAAGAAACAUGACCUUUUACUUGUUCCUGUGAAAUCUUUAGACCCUUGAUCUCUAAACUUGCAAGUUUAGUGCAACACCAAGUAAUGUAAUCGUUAAACCAAAUAAA